AUUAUCGCUAGUCUUAUUUCGUGCACCGAUUGCAUCGCUUGUCGUGUGCAAUUUUCGUAAUCACUCGCAGCAGAUCAGAUUGGAAAAUGAUUCCAAGGAUAAUUGUGCCUUUGUUAGCAGUGCUGGCCGUCGUAGCUGCCCGGCGAUCGUAUGAAGGGUACAAGGUGUACGGAGUGGUACAAGAAACAGCAGAAGAAGCAGAAAUUCUUCAUCAGAUCCAGCUGGCGAACCCGGAUUUGGACUUCUGGCACCUGAGUAAGCAACUAGGUGAUGAAGCAAAGGUUCUUGUCGCUCCCAAAGACCAGCGAUCGUUCCUCAUCAAACUCGUUAAAAAUGGAUUACACUAUCAAGAAAUCAUUCCAAAUGUGGAGAGUACUAUUGCUCCCUACAGCGAACCGCUGCAACGUGGCAUUCACAAGGACGGCAAUAUUUUGAACAGUUAUCUUCGACACGAUGAAAUCAAUGCUUAUUUGCAAGCCCUAGCACUGAAACACUCUUCUCUGGUUAAGGUCCAAGAAGCGGGAACAUCACAUGAAGGUCGUUCAAUCAAGACAAUCACGAUCAACGACAAACCUGGCAAUGCGGUAGUUUUCCUGGACGCCGGAAUCCAUGCUCGCGAGUGGAUCGCACCAUCCACUGCGUUGUACGCAAUCCAGCAGCUCGUGGAGAAUGCCAAUGAAAACCAAGACGUUCUUUCGAACCUAACCUGGGUUAUUAUGCCCGUUGUGAAUCCCGAUGGGUACGAGUUUUCACAUGAGUCAGACCGCUUCUGGCGUAAGACACGGAAACCGGUUGGCAGAGCCUGCAAGGGCACUGACGGAAAUCGCAAUUUUGAUUUCCAUUGGGGAGAAGUUGGAGCAUCCAAUCAAGGUUGUGCCGAUACUUAUCGUGGGGAAACGGCAUUUUCCGAGCCGGAAACCCAAGCUGUCCGGGAUGCUGUGCUUAAGCUGAAGGGAAGUUGCAAGUUCUAUCUGUCAUUGCACUCGUACGGAAACUACAUACUCUAUCCGUGGGGGUGGACCAGUGAGCUUCCAGAAACCUGGCAGGAUAUUGAUGAGGUAGCACAAGCUGGAGCAGCCGCCAUCAAACAAGCCACCGGAGCAAGAUACACGGUCGGUAGCUCAACCAAUGUCCUGUACGCUGCAGCAGGUGGAAGUGAUGACUGGGCGUUUGCUGUUGCAGAAGUACCUAUUUCGAUCACCAUGGAGCUGCCCGGUGGAGGAAAUGGUGGAUUUAAUCCUCCUGCCUCUUCGAUUAAGAAAAUUGUUAAGGAAAGCUGGGUGGGCAUCAAAGCAAUGGCUCAGAAGGUAGCCCAGAAGUUCUGAAUAAAUGAAUCGAAACUAGUAUAAA